AUGAAGCUCAUCACUCAGUCUCAGAGAAAGGGGGCGGGACUGAGACCUCAUACCGGCAGAACCAGACCUCCCACCAGACCUCCCACUGCUGCAGAGACCAGUUCAGACCUCAGACCUGCAGGACCAGACCUCCCACUGCUGCAGAGACCUGCUGGACCUCAGACCUGCAGGACCGUAGACCAGUUCAGACCUCAGACCUGCAGGACCAGACCUCCCACUGCUGCAGAGACCAGUUCAGACCUCAGACCUGCAGGACCAGACCUCCCACUGCUGCAGAGACCUGCUGGACCUCAGACCUGCAGGACCAGACCUCCCACUGCUGCAGAGACCAGUUCAGACAGAGACCUGCAGGGCAGGACCAGACCUCCCACUGCUGCAGAGACCUGCUGGACCGUAGACCGGCUCAGACCUCAGACCUGCUGGACCGUAGACCGGUUCAGUCCAGACCACCGGUCCAGACUGGUCCAGACCGGUCCAGACUGGUCCAGACUGGUCCAGACUGGUCCAGACCGGUCCAGAGAGGAAGACUUGUCUUCUUCUUCCUCAGAUGAUCCUGGAGCUGAAACUGCAGACAUGGACAAACAGAAAGUGCUGACUAAACUGAUCCUGGACCUGCAGUCGUUCCUCGGAGUUCUGGAUCAGGAAACUCUGUCGUUCAUCGCUCAAGCCCAGAAGAAGUCGGUGUCGCAGCUGCUGUCCCAGUUACAGGCUCCAGCUGAAGAUGCCGAGUACAUGAUCAUGAGCUGUCCGUCAUCAUCGUCUCCUAGCAACGAGCUGGAAACCCCAGGCGUCUUCUCACCUGAACGUCCACCUGUCCACCAGAGGGAGACGGGCCCCAGGGUUCCCCCCCACCCUCCCGGAGGUCUGGGAGCUGAGGAGGAGGAGGAGGAGGACGAGGACACCUACGAGGAGGCGGAGCCUUACGUCUCCACGGCAACGACAGAGAGAGCAGAGUCCGACAGCAGCCACUACGAGUCGUACGGGGACGAGGACGAGGACCAGGACCAGGACCGGGUCCAGGACCGGGACCGGGUCCAGGACCGGGUCCCCCUGGUCCAGGACCGGGUCCAGGGCCGGGUCCCCCUGGUCCAGGACCGGGCCCACUACCUGUCCCAGCCCUGCCUCAGGCCCGUCCCCGAGUCCCGGCUCUGCGGAUACCUGUGGAGGAGGAAGUGGCUCGGCCAGUGGAGCAAACAGCUGUUCCUGAUCCGGAACCACGUCCUGCUGUGCUACAAAUGCGCCCGGGACCUGCUGCCUCACCUGGAGUUGAACCUGCGCGGCUGUCAGGUCGUCUACAAGUGCAAGGCUAACGCUAAGAUCCAGCACCAGCUCAAACUGGUUCCAGUCGGGUCUGAUGUUCUGGUUCUGGGAUACAGCAGCUUCCAGCAGGCCGACGAGUGGAGACAGGUGAUCGAGGAGCUGAGUUUCGGAGCGGAAGUCGAGACUCAGAGCUUCUCAUCUCUGAAUAAAUCAGAACUCCAGCUGUCCUGCAGGUCCAGUACGGUCCAGACGGAGUCUGACGAGGAGAAUCCUGCAGACGACUGCAGCUCCGGCAGGGAAAGAGGGUUCCUGAGCGUGCUGAUGAACUGCCAGUGGCAGAGCCUGCGGUGUCAGGUGGAGGGCGGAGUCUUGAACAUGUUUGGAGAAGACGAGGUGGAGGAAGAGGAGGAUGAGGAGGAAGAGGUGCAGAGGGAACCGUCCUCCCCCCAGUUCACCAUCCAGCUCCGAGGCGUCGAGGUCAAACCCGGGCCCGACACCGACCACUCCUGCAGGAUCACACUGAGCAUGCUCGGUGACCCGCUGGCCGUGCUGGAGGUCACGUCUUCAGAGGAGAAGAAGAGCUGGCUGAAGCUGCUGCAGGACGGAGCUAACCAUCACAGUCGCCACGGCAACGGGCUCUCUGAGCUGACGGGAGGAGCUCUCAGCGGGCUGCAGGUCCGCAGGUUUCCCACCUCCAACACCUACCUGGACGACCCGUUCAGCCUGACGGGAACCGACCAGCCCGUCUACUCCAACACCUCCGUCCUGGAGACCAUGCUUCACGGUUCCCAGGACUCGGUUCACCGCGGUUCCCUGUCGUCCAGAGACUCGGUGACUUACAGCAACACGGUGUUCAGCAACCACAACAGGAAGCACCCUGGGGUGCAGCGCGGCGUCCAGAAGCUGGAGCUGGCCGGGAAGCAGACGCUGCAGCGCAGGACGGGGUCAGAGGUCAACCUGAGGACGGGGUCAGAGACCAACCUGGCGUCGGCCGGGAGGCAAAACAAACGCAGCUCCUUCAGGCAGUCGCUGGCCAUCUGCACUGAGCGCGCUCAGGUGGGGUUCCUGAACCCUCUUCUACGAAGAACGGCGUCCGCUAAGACGUCUCUGAGACGAGCUCCGUCAGCGCUUUUCAUCGAGCAGGGAAAGGUGUUCCAGAGGAAGAAGGAAUGGGAGACCAAAGCUGCUGCUUGAUGUCUCUCUGAUCGGCUGAUCGGCUCUUCAGCUGCUCAAUAUCAAUCAAUAUCAACAACCAUCUGAGGAACAAGCUGAUCAAUAUCCACAUCAAGACUUCCACUAGCUUAGCUUGGUAUCUGGCACUAGCUUAGCUUCAGCUAACGGACUUUAGCUCCUACAUGAUCUGAGACAGUCGUUUCAGCUAAAACCCCAAAGCUAAUGCUAAAACCCCAAAGCUAAUGCUAUAACCCCAAAGCUAAUGCUAAAACCUCAAAGCUAAUGCUAAAACCCCAAAGCUAACCCGGCCGUCUGCUGCUCAUCAACAGUUAGCUUAAUCUAAUAAAGCCACUAGCAUACAAGCUAAGACACGGCCGUUGUUAGCUUGGGGCUAAUGGUUGAUUAAUCAUUAGCCCCAAGCUAGCAGUUGCUAAGAAUAGUCAGUUAUUCACAUGCUAAAAGUUGGCUAGCAACAUGUUAAUAGUCAGUUAAUCACAUGCUAACAGUCAGUUGAUCACAUGGUAACAGUCAAUUAGCCACAUGCUAACAGUUAGCCACAUGCUAACAGUUUUAUUGGCUCAGUUUGUUUCCGGUUUUGUUUUCAUGUUAUUGAAAUAGUUUUGUCUUUCUUAGAAAGUCAUUUCAAUAAUUCAAAUGUAUUUUUUCAUGUUUUCGUACUAGUUUUUCUGCGUUAGCUUCAUCGGGCCCUAACCCUGUUACCAUGGUAACCCUCACCCUGUUUGGGUUUGUGUUUGUUUUGAAGCUAAAACGCUCGUAUCAGGUAUUAGUUUAACCCCCGUUCCAACGUAGAACCUUGGAUGUAACAGAGGGUUUGUUGUUAUUUAUGUCUAAUUUUAAUGUUUUAUUAUAUUUCAAUAGCUUUAGGUCAGUUUCCUUUUUUCGUUCUUUUUUCUGUCUUUAAAUGUGUCUUUAAUCCACCGAAAUG